AUGUUUCCCCUUUCCUUUGGCGAAUCGUUUUCCCAGUGGUGGGCAACCUCGAAGUCUGCUCCCCGUUCUUCCGAGCAUGCGAUUCUGGCCACGCUCCCUUUCUUUCCAGGAUCGGACGGGGUACGAAAGGCGACCUCAUCGCAAGUUAAACUAAGCGGCCACAAGCAGCGUUAUGUCAACGAAUUUGCUAUAGAGCACGUCAAUGGUUCUGAGUCCAACUCGAGCUCAAUGGUGCUUCUGCAUGGAUAUGGAGCAGGUCUUGGACUGUUCUACAGGAAUUUUGACGAUCUGUCAAAGUCGCCGGACUGGAAGCUAUAUGCAUUGGAUCUUCUUGGAAUGGGAAAUAGCGGUAGACCGCCGUUCAAAAUACGCUCCAAGGACUCUCAGGCGAAGCUAGAUGAAGCAGAAGCUUUCUUCACGGACGCUCUAGAAGAAUGGCGUCAAGAAAGGAAAUUGGAGAAAUUCACGCUGGCUGCGCAUUCACUUGGAGGUUACUUGGGCGUCUCGUACGCUCUGAAAUAUCCUGAGAGAGUUGAAAAAUUGAUUCUUAUAUCUCCAGUGGGAAUACCGGAAGAUCCAUAUGCAAUGGCUUCAACUCCCCCGACGGUGGAUUCUGACGUCGAUGCAGCGCCGCCUGCUGGUGACGAAGUAGAUGCGUUGCCGGCUAGGUCGUCUUCAUCAACAAACACUCCAAAGAGGCCGUAUCCUAAUUGGUUGACUUUUCUCUGGGAACGAAACUUUUCACCUUUCAUGUUCGUACGACAUGCUGGGCCCUUGGGCCCGAAGGUUAUGAGCGCUUGGACACAUCGCAGGUUUGCGUCUUUGCCUUCUGAUCAGCAAUCUCUUCUGCACACCUAUAUGUAUAACGUCUUUCGCGGCCGCGGUUCUGGCGAAUAUGCCCUGGGCGUUUUGCUUGCACCAGGAGCUUAUGCCAGACGACCGCUCCUGCAUCGGGUGUCACAACUUAAGUGUCCUACGCUCUGGAUGUACGGGAGUCAUGAUUGGAUGGAUGCUAAUGCGGGUCGUGAAGCAGCGGCCAUCAUGCAGAGGCAAGGCGUCAAGGCUGAACAUGUUGUUGUACCACGUAGUGGUCAUCACAUCUACCUGGAUAAUCCAGAAGGCUUCAAUCGCGCGGUGUUGAAGUUCAGGGAUGGACCUUGA